UGCUGCAAUGACAGCCUGAAAGUGCAGCAGCCUCUGGAUUCUGCAUUGAAACUGAAAGCCAGCCUUCCAUUGCACAGAGAACUGUUAUUACUGCUACUAUUGUUGUGCUUAUUCGUUUCUGCACAAAAGAGACUGCUCCUCGAAAUAUGGCCAGUAGCAAUGCAUCCAGUUUACAGGAUGCCCAGAGCAGGCGUUGCAAAAUUCUAUCUUAUAUGUUCUAUCAGGCUGUCCGAGAUCACAAGCCUGUGUGGUUGCUAGAGGACAUGAGGACUAUGGAGUAUUUCUACUGGGAAGAGAGUGCUAAUAUGAGGACAUAUUCUCCUUCAGAAGCUUUGCUGUAUGCUGUGGUGCACAAUCAUCUGCCUUAUGCCCAGUAUCUUCUGUCUCAUUUUCCGGAGGAGGCUCUCAAAGUUCCUGGAGAGCAUUUUUGCUAUUGCCCAUCCUCUGCUCCUCAUUUAGCAAUGGCUGUAACCUAUGACAGGAGGGAUAUUCUGGGGCUGAUCAUCAGCAUCGCACACAAGCUGCCUAGCCUGAACUCUUACAUCAAUAGGACCGGCUGUUUUCAUCUUGAAGAUGGCAAGACCCCUCUGCAUCUCGCCUGUGAGCUCCUGAGAUCAGAGACUGUUCUCAUCUUGCUAGGAAAUGGAGCUUCUCCUAGGAUAGAAGACAACAAAGGACUCACUCCACUGGAUGUCAUCCUGGAACAGAUGUGGGAUUCCAAAGUCAAUGUGGCUCCCAAAAAACUCUGCCUUGACUACCUCUUGCUCUUCAUGCCUAGCCCUCGCUUUAAGCUGCAGAAGGUCUUGCGGGAACAUCCUGAACCCUGGGCAGUGCUGCUUGGAGAAGACAAGUUCAACAGCCUGGUGGGGAACACACCUGCAUCUUUAUACCUGCAAGCUAUGCAAACCAUCCUCCAGAUUCUCCCACCCUCUCAUUUCCCUAAAAGCAUCCAGGAACUACCUAUACCUCAGGCACUAAAGCCCCUGCCUUGCAUGGGCAAACAGCACCUGGCAAAAAAUGGGGUAAACAAUUUUUCCUGAUCUACUCUUUUUUUUUCAGGAUUAAAAUCAAAGAUAAGUGAUCAGGUAGGAUUUUCAAUGAUGUGAGAGAUAUAAUUUUAUUUAUGCUAAAUAAAACUAGUUUGAGGUCAGUCAUAAGGAUUGCUGCCUGUGAAAUUUUGAAGUUUAGACAUGUAUUUAUCCCUGGUACCACUGAAAAUCCUACUAAUAUGAUUUGUGAAAUGCUAUUGCUGUUAUUCUUGUUAGUGUUUCAAUGGAUUACAAGCAUUGAACUUUUGAAAGAAAAAAAAUCUAUUUUGUGUUAUGCAUGUGAAAGAUUAAAAUUACCUGAGCUGUUUCCCUUUUAUGUUUUACCUAUUGAAAUCUGGGUAGUACCAUAAUGCCAAUUGCUAAUACCUAGAUAAAUUAUCCCGGUUUUUAAAAAGCAGAGUAGCCAUUGGGCAUUAUGUGGACUUGGACUCCUGUAUGAUACGCUGGUGCUGUGAUUUAAUUCUCCUGUGGGAGGAUUCUAGGUUUUGUGUCUCCCCCCCCCCAUGUCGUUUCCCCCAAGGAACAUGUGGGACUGAGCCAAAGACUCGUCUAUUGCCUUAUAAACCAGCAGUUAUCAUUUUAACCAGGAAAAGAGUAGUCCUCAAUCUGCAGUGAUAAGGAAUCCCUUUGCUGCAGGUUACUAUUGUAAUCCUAAUGAAAUCUUGGGCUGUUAAAUAAAAAUUGUUUGGAAUCUUUAUUUUGGAAAGGCUGAGAGGGUUUAGGAGCACAUAGAGUCAGAAUGUCUGUUGGAAGCUGAGUGCUGUGGAAGGCCCACUGUGGUUCAUCAGGAGUGGAAAUUGCAAGUCACAGUGAUUUCUUUUCCACUAUAGAUGUCCCCUUCAGGAGCCAGGCUAUGUUUGGUUGCUUCAUUACAUUAAAGCAAUGCAUAACCCAACUCUGUUUUGUUUUGUUUUUUGUGGCAGUGGGGGAGGGGAUGAUCAUAUAUAGUUCUCUGCUAGUCAAUUUAAAUUGUUCAACCUGCAGGAGAAUGCAAGAGAUUUGCUUGAAUCUUUAUGCUAUGUUGUGCUCUAGCCGUGCUAAAUCAAGGAAUGCUUAGCAAGUGAAGCCUUGGGAAUGAUCAUCUGGCGGGCUUUAUUAAAAUGAAAAAUGUUUCACUAGCAUAUUUGCCUAAAUAUCUUGCUUCCCUCUCUAUGGCAUUCUCAUUCCAGUUUAUUGCUUUUUUCACUGAGGUGCCAUAGUUAAGAAGUGUCCUUCAUGAUGUUCUAUACUAUCAGUAUGCAUUAGUUUUGUAAGUAUGAGCCUGGAACAGUGUUUCUCAACCUCAGCAAAUUUAAGAUGGGUGGAUUAUAACUUUCAGACUUUCUCCAACCCUAACUUUGGCUAGGGAAUUCUACAAGUUGAAGUCCACCCAUCUGAAAGUUGCUGAUGCUAGAACAAUCCUGGCUUGCUGACAUGAUUUAUAUCUUUCCAAAGAAUUAUAACUUUUUAAAACUAGUGAGAUGUUCACAUUUUAGAUUGGCCACAUGUCCUUUUUUGCAGAAGUCUGUCCUUUUAAA